CCAAAAUUGUGUAUCGACGUCAUUGCGGCGCACAAAAUGUAUUAAAUUGAAGUACCGUGCAAAGAUAGAAGCUUCUACGACAGCGUGACUAUUUAACUCGUUCGUUAAAUAGUCGCUCUUAAUUUAAAGCACUUAACUAUUUUCGCUGCAAACUCGUGACUUCGAUAUUUUAUGGAAAACGACAGAGUAAAAUUUUCUCAGGGAGUUGUACUAAGAAUUUAUACAGGAAAGAGUAUAAAUGAAUCAUUUGAUAUGAUGAACUUCCAAAUUUCCUGGAAGAGUCGAAUGAAAUAUAUAGUUUCACUAUUUUUGUUCGUAUCUUAACUUUUACGACGACCUUUCAGCGUUUUGUCGUCGCUUCGGAAAUGUCUGUUUUCGCACACAGACAAAAAUAAGCGAGCGCAUAGUUCGUCAACCGUAUUUCUGAAUAAGAAUCUCGCGUCCAUUAGCGAUAAUAUCAUCUCUCACUUUGCGUUACCGCUAAUUGCGCAAUCUCACGCAAGCAAUUGGACAUGUAUCAGCAUGCGCUAACCGACAAAUCAAAGUUACCCGCCAUUUCAUAGAAAUCGGUUCCGAUCGAGUGGCCAACGAUGACGGUUAACGAUAAUCGUCGGUUCGCUAUCCUAGCGAAGAAAUCGUGCGUCCAGCGCGGUUGGCCGUCAUCCUCGCGACAAGUCGGGCAAGAUCCGAACAAAAUCGGGGCGGGAAAUCUUUCGAUUUCCGUGGAAAACCCAUGCACGCAUCGAAAAGACGGCAUUCGCGUAUAAGUUCUUAUAAAUAGAACCGAGAAAGGCGAGCACCGGAAAAGUUUUCCUGUCGCGCGAUGCCGCGACGGGACGACAUCGUGUCAGUCCGUAAGACGAACAAAGAAUGCCUCGAGAGGGAGAGAGAGAGAGAGAAAGAGCGAGGGAGGAAGGGAAGAUAGAAAGGAGAGGGAAAGAGAAAGAAGGAGCUGACGGUUCUGGGUGGCGGGAGGGCGCGGUAUCCGCGCUGAUCGCGGGCCCCAACGCGGCGCUUUGCGCGAGGCGCGGAACGAGGGGGACUGGCCGAGAGAAGCGCGAGCGCAAGCGCAAUGAGGCAUGGAGUUGCUCUCGACGCACGCCACAUUGAAAGCUUGCGACAUGCCGCGAAGCCGCUCAGUCGUGCGCCAGCUCUCGUGCGGAUGGUAUCGUCGUAUCGUUUGCCGAGCAUUCCCCGUGGUGUACCGUACGAUCACGAAAAAGCCCGCGUAGGCGUGGUGAACGCGUCACCGUGAACGGACCACGCGGUUUCGAGCGAGCGAAAAUCGUGCGAGUCGCCGAUAACGGAGUACGAUAGCGCGGUGCUCGCGUUAGUCGUCCUCGAAAAUCGGAAUAGUCGAGGGUCGCGUUUCGAUACUUGGACCAGUGUCAGAUCUCGGGCCGACCGUACGGGAAAAUCCUCGUCGAGGUCGUUCUCGCGGUAAAGUUUCAGCGGAACGUGUUUGGCCGUCUCGGACAACGUGCUAGCGUGUUCGUCGGAGACUCGAGACGAACGACAAUAAAAACAGUCGAUUCACGGAAUCGGUAGAGGUGAUAACGGAAUCGCGGAAAGAUAUCAUCGUAUCUGUGAUGUGCGAGUGAGCGAUGGAUUCACCAGUCAUGUACGACUCAGCGGCCCAUCAGGCCCAGGCCCACGGCGCGGCCGAUCUCAAGAAGUCCCAGGUGCUCAACAACAACAACAACAACCAUCAGAGCAACAACAACAAUAACAACAACGCGGCGAACAACAAUAACAACUCGGCGCUGCAGGUGAAUCACAAUCACAGCCAGCAGCAGGGCAGCGCGGUGGUGAGCAAGGUCUCGGCGAGCAAGGCUAGCCUUCACCAGCAGUACGCGGAACAUUGCGCCGCGGCCGGUGAGCUAACGGACCUAAACACGCCGGAGAUAUCGCUGGAUCUGCAGCAUCUGAUCGACGACAGCCACUUCAACGACGGCCUGCUGGACAUGCUGGGCGCGAACAACGGAGCGGUGAAGCAUGUCAGAACGCCGGGAUACCCGCGCACCACCCUCGCGUACAUGCCUCAGCCGGUGCACAGCGGGCUAACCGCCGCGGCCGCUGCCAGGAAGCAGACCAAGGCCAUCGACAAAGCCAGCGACGAGUACAGAAGACGACGCGAGAGGAACAACAUAGCGGUGAGGAAGAGCCGCGAAAAGGCGAAGGUGCGGUCGAGGGAAACCGAGGAAAAGGUGAAGCUUCUGGUGAAGGACAACGACCUGCUGAAAAAGAGGAUCGAGCUGCUGACGGAGGAGCUGAACGUGCUCAGAUCGCUGUUCAGCAGCGUCGGCGUGGUGCCCGAACAGCUGCACCGGGAAAUCUCGAGGCACCUCGACCAGUUCCAGCAACACGCGGUGGGACCCAUGUAGCGUACAACGACGUCAUCGUCGAGCGUCCGUUACGCCUUUCUCUCGUCCGACGACGUCGACCUUCGUUCCUCGCCUUUCAGGCCGAUACGAUUGUGAGAGAGAGUCGUCGUCGGUGCCCGAUGCUCCUGGGUCAUCCUCUCGACGAGUCUCGUCCGACCGGAAACGGAACCAACAUGGAACUCGAGGAGUUCCGCUCGCAACUGCGUCUUUGUUUCGAUCCGCGUGCGAAGAACGCGAGGCGCACGUGCGUCGUUCGCUCGCCGCGCCGCACCGAGCCCGCGGAGUUCGAAGAGUUCGAGGAGUGACGGAGAAGAAAAGGCGGGAGAACGCGAACAGGCGUGCAGGAAGCUUCUUCGGCAGCUGGAACUUGGUCGACGACUUCGUGUGGAAAAGUGCCCUUUGCUCAUGGCGGACUUGUUCUUUUUUACACCGAGUGCAUCGGACACUUUCUUCUUUAGGAUAUAACGCGGAUAAAAGAAAAAAGGGAACAGAAUUUUCCUUCUUUCCCUUCUUUCUUUCGCAUCUACUUUUAUUUUUCUGAAAAAGUACGUAAAGACUGGGUGGUGGUACCGCGUGGUUCCGCGGGUUCGCCGCCUCGUUCGAUCGCGUAAUACGCGAACACGUCGUAACUCCGAACAAAUCACGCAUCGAUGUGGACGAGCGCGUUAAUCGCGCUCUCGCAUACUAGCGCGUUCGCGACGCGUCGACACAGAGACACAUGUAUACGUACCAAGACAGGGACGCGCGAGUACGACGCUCGCAUAAAUAAUUUCAUUCGCAUAAAUCUUCGACAUUAUACAUUUUCGAUGCACCUUCCAUGAUCGUAUACAUGUGCCGAGGAAAAACACGCACACAAAGGGAUCACGCGUAUCGUACGCACACAGACACGCACACCGUACAAUGACGAUGCGAUAUGCGCGAUGCAGCACGUGCAGACGCGCUGCGUUCUAAUCGUUCUUUGAUUACGGACCGACUAAAUUAGAUUAUCUUUCUUCGUUACGAUGUACCUAAAACGGGGCUUCCCAAUCUUGUGGGCCAAGAUUCGCUAAUUUUUCGCGAUCAACGUAUCUUUUUGGGAUUUUCGAAAUUUUUAGGUCUCCAUAACGAAAGAUGUCUUUGUUGUUUGCUCGCUUUAAUUCUCCGUUAAAUUUUCUAGCUAUUCCUGCGAGAUAUAACUAGAUAUUGUACAUAAAAGGUAGUCGCAAGAAAUACGAAGAAAAAUGGAGAGCCAAAGAAAGCAGAUAAGAAAGACGUUCCGUCGAUUUGCUUGUGUUUCAGAAUUCGUAACUUCGUAAUUUCCGAAAAUUUGAAAA